AUGUCGCAUUUGAAGCGAGCAGACGGACGUCGUCACGUGCCAUUUGACGUCAUUAUUGAGAGAUUGGAAAGCCGAUGGAUUCAUCCACGUAGCGGAACAGUAUACAACCUACUGUGGAAUCCGCCAAAAGUCAUGGGGAUUGAUGACGUCACUGGAGAACAACUGGUCCAGCGACAAGACGAUAAACCUGACACUGUGCGACAGAGAUUGAAUAGCUACGAACAACAAAUAACGCCUGUUUUGGAAUUCUAUCGAGACAAGGGCAUACUGAAGACGUUUGACGGCACUGGAAGCGACACAGUCUGGCCAUUAGUGUGCGAAUACUUGCUUACCAAAGUACCACGAAAUAUAUGCUUACCAAAAUACCACGGCUACACAGAACAAUAA